AGAAGAGAAGCGGCUGUUGUCAACAGUGUGGCCAUAUGGCUGCGUUAUCCUUACGGUAUCCUGUGUGUAUGUGAGGUGAUACUACAAACAUAUUAGUGUCCAUUACUGAGAGGCUCGGAUCAGACGGUGCGUUUAGUCCCCGAGCAGCGACAGCCAUGGCUCAUCUCACCCAGAACCCCGCGGAUAAAGAGCGGUUCGUCUGCCUCUAUCCCAUCUACAUCAACAGUAAGAAGACGCUGGCUGAAGGACGAAGGAUCUCCGUGGAGAAGGCGGUGGAGAAUCCGUCCUGCACUGAGAUCAGAGACGUGCUGGCGGCUGCAGGGAUGAACGUCUACAUGGAGGUAACACAC